AUGUACACGAGUACACAACAACUCUAAACAGAAACACUAAAAAUAUAACACAAAAAAAAAACAGCAAAAGCACCUUAAAAUCAUUAUAAAAACUAUAAAAUACAAAAGAUCGUAUGCAAGAACGAAACAAGAAGUGAAGAAUAUACAAACACGAUGGAAACAGAGUUAGAUGAAGAACCCCAGAUUGUUUAUGUCGAGGAAAACGAGACGACAGCUUUGGCUGAGGAAGAGCUCUCGAGAGGUUCAGAAGAUACCAAUAAGUCGGAUUCAGAGCCCGUAAAAAAGGUUUCCAUCACAUCAAAUACUAACAGUGAUGCAAGGUUAAAAGUCCUAAGAAAGGAGGAAAGAAAGGAGCAAUUAAAGGAAAUCAUGAAUCGACUCAAGGAGCGCGACGCAGAGGAGUUGCGAAAGAAGCUGGCCGGCGAGCAGGAGGAGGUCAAGGGGAAAGAUAUGGAAAUGGACAGCAAGUCACAAGACAGUUCCCAAGGGGCCCGGUUCAGCUUACAAGUCGAGGAGUGGGAUGACGAUAUCGAAGGUGUCACCAAAAGUACCAGCAGGCACUCGGAUGAUGCACUCCCAGCAGUCACUUUGGAUGCAGUUGAUGCUGAGGAGGAAGACAUGCAGGAUCCCAUCGAAAGCCCCUCGGGAUCUGAUUUAGAUGCACCAGUGAUCCAGAGGUCCAAGAGCAUAGAUCCCAUGCAAGUGGCAGUGAAGUCUUUAAUGCUGGUGCCCAGUCUAUCGGAUAUAUCGCUGCCAAGUGAACAGCCUCUGCGAAGAAAGUCUACCCAGUCCGUGAAGUCAUCUCGAUCAUUAUUUGUAAGGAGUCUCACAGCCGAUGGCGAUACAAGUCUCGACUCCGAAGAGGCGGAAGAAGAGUCCACCAAGGCGCCCAGUGAAUUCCGUACUACUGCAAUUGAGCAGUCGAGCGAGUCGGAAUCGCUGGCCGGGUCACUGGCGCCCAUUCCAAAAACAGAACCCUCGCAAAUUGAAGACCAACCUUUCAUGGACAUCGAAAAGUUGUUUCCGGUCGCAUCGGACAAACGCAUUGAGAACGAAAUCGAUUCGGCAGUCAAUCUGAGAAUUGUAGAAACGCGACAGAUUGUUCAUGAUUUUAUAAGCCACUUGAUACAAAAGAUAAUCGUGCCAGAGCAUCGGGGUACUGAGGAAUAUACUCGCGUGCGACUAGACAAGGAGAAGCUGCUGGACGGACUGCAAAGUGUGGUGCAUGAUUACAUGAUAGUGAAAGAUCAGAACAAACAGCUGGAGGAUCGGUUGAUAGAGUACUUCCGCCGCACCAAGAACUUUCGAUGCUUCGACCACCUAGCCCAGGACGCCGAGAUGACCUUCUCCCGUCGCCAUGAAAACGCCCUGGCCUAUCUGUCCUAUGGCCAGGAGCGCCUCGCCAAGGUGAAGGAGAAAUAUGGCAUUCUAAUGACCACUGCGUUCUUGGACCUCGCCAGCGUCAUGAACAUCGUUCUCAGCACGGAGCAUCACCUCGAGCAGACGUUAAAACAAGUCCUGGUUCGCCCGGACGCCGAGACCGACUUCCUCAAGCGCCUGGUUGCCCGCGAACUCCGCCUAAUGGCCGACCAUCGGAACCAAAUCAGCGAUGCCCGGGUGUUGCUCAUGUCGCAGAAACAUACCUUGGGUCGCGUCUUGGAACAAAUAAGAGAUGUGGACACUGUUUGCGACGGUGUGAGCCUGAAUGACUUUAUUUCCGUGCAAAACAAAGUGUUGGGGCUCGAAAAGAAGAUUGAAGAGCGAAAUAUUGAACUGAAAAGGCAGCGCAGACUAUACCACACCGAACUGCAUAUAACUAAGCACAAUCGAGAGAAGUCGCACGAGUUGAAGAACAGGAUUCACCAACUCAAAGUUAACCUGCUGGAUAAGCACAAGUUAAGGGAUAAUCUAAAAUCCGAGUUGUGCCGCGCGAAGUUGGAACACAAAGCCAUUCGGAGGCGGUUACAAGAGCUGACAUGCCAGGGUGGUAUCCUGGCUAUGCCCGCACUGAUGUACGACUACGAUCGAACUGUCGCCUAUAUUUGGGAAAAGGAGAAGGCGGUCUCGACUCUCCGGGAAACCUUAAAAUCACUUACCAAUCAACUGCAUAGUGUACUGGACCCUUUCAAGAAGAACUCAGUCAUUCAAUAGAACUAUGUGUGUAAACUUUUAAGUCAAAUAAAUUUUUCUACAAAAAGAAA